UCAAUUAUUACGAUCAAGAGUAGUGGAGAAGAAGUCCAUCCGAUUCAACAAGGAAGGCCCUUUUAUUAGCGUAGACUCUCCGACAGAGAGGAGAGAAAAAAAACAUUAGCAAAAUUCAAUUCGAUGGCCAACAGCAAUUUACCCCGGAGAAUCAUCAAGGAGACUCAGCGUCUUCUCAGCGAACCAGCACCUGGGAUAAGUGCAUCUCCAUCGGAAGACAAUAUGCGGUAUUUCAAUGUAAUGAUUCUUGGUCCAACACAGUCUCCCUAUGAAGGAGGUGUUUUCAAGCUGGAAUUAUUUUUGCCAGAAGAGUACCCGAUGGCUGCUCCCAAGGUCCGGUUCCUCACCAAAAUAUACCACCCUAACAUUGAUAAGCUUGGAAGGAUAUGCCUUGAUAUUCUUAAAGACAAGUGGAGUCCUGCUCUUCAGAUUCGAACAGUUCUUUUGAGCAUUCAAGCACUUUUGAGCGCUCCAAAUCCAGACGAUCCACUCUCUGAAAACAUUGCUAAGCACUGGAAAACAAAUGAGGCCGAAGCUGUAGAAACAGCAAAAGAAUGGACACGUUUAUAUGCAAGCGGUGCAUGAAGUACAUGGAACUCGUGGCUUUGAUAUAACAAAAACAUGUAUUUGAUUGAUGGAAAUAUCUAAAACUUUGAUGGAAUUGAUGAUGCUCAAACUAAUGGGAAUUCAAAUUAAUGCUCUCAAAGGCUAUAAAUUUAUUUCCUGCUUUCGAACUAUGUAAUUGAAAUUCUAUAAUGAGCCCGGAUACUCUUGUGUUUUUUGUUCUUC